CUGCCUGAGUGUGAUGGUGUUGACGUCUGUCUGGAAGCAGAGGAGUCUCCAGGGGAAGCUGCCUCCAGGUCCCACUCCACUGCCCUUCAUUGGAAACUUCCUGCAGCUGGAAAAGAAUAAGAUAUACAACAGCCUCAUGAAGAUGAGCAUGCACUAAGGCCCCGUGUUCACCAUCCACUUGGGGAUUUGCUGGGUUGUGGUGUGUGGAUGUGAUGCAGUUAAGGAGAUGCUGGUGGAUCAGGCUGAGGAGUUCAAUGGGAGAGGCCAUCAGGCCACCUUUGACCACCUCUUCAAAGGCUAUGGUGUGGCCUUCAGCAACGGGGAGCGCACUAAGCAACUCAAGCGCUUCUGCCUCCACGUGCUGCGGGAACUCCACGUGGGGAAGCGGGGCACUGAGCAUCGCAUCCAGCAGGAGGCAGACUUCCUCAUCGAGGCCCUGCGGAGCACACGCGGCACCUUCAUUGAUCCCACUUUCCACCUGAGCAAAAUGGUUGCCAACAUCAUGAGAUCCAUUGUCUUUGGAGACCGCUCCGACUACGAUGACAAAGAGUUCCUGUCACUGCUGUGGAUGAUGGGGGAAACCCUGAAUAUUGCAGCUUCUCCCAUGGGGCAGGUCUCUGAAAUCUUCCAUUCAGUGAUGAAGCACCUGCCAGGACCACAGCAACAGGCCUUUAAGAACAUGCAGAGGCCGGAGGAUUUCACAGCCAAGAGGGUGGAGCAGAACCAGUGCACCCAGCUCCCCAUCCUCCCUGCCAACUGCCCGUGGGACGUCAUCAACUACUCUCUCAUUCACAUGCAGGAGGUGCAGCCAGCAGCCAGGGCGGGGAGGUCCAAAGCCAAUGCAGGGGAAUCAGGAUGGGGAGGAGGGAGAAAGGAAGUCCAUUCAAACUGGGCUCCUCACAAUCCAAAACAUAGUCAGACAUCACUAUUCCAGCCACUGAGCCCUUGCUCCAGGUCUGAACCUAGGAGACAGGUCCAGGAAAAAUACCCAGGCCAUUACUGGGGUAAAAGGUCUCAGCCUGAAGUCCACAACCCCUGCAAGAGAAGAAUAAUCCUGACAGUUCUACAAGAAGAACCUGGUGCUGGCUGUGCUGGACUUCUUCAUUUCUGUUUCACAGAGUCCAGCAGAACCACGCUCUUCAGAUUAAGCACCCAGAUGUGGAAGGGCACUGAUGUGAUCUGUGUGCUGGGCUCCCUGCUGAGUGACCCCAGGAUCUUCUCCACACUUGACGACUUCAACCCCAGCACUUCCUGGAUGACAAGGGGCUGAAGAAGGUUGAUGCUCACGUGCCCUUUUCCAUGGGAAAGCAGAGCUGCUUGGGAGAAGGCCUGGCUACGAUGGAGCUCUUUCUCUUCCUCACCACCAUCAUGCAGAACUUCGGCUUCAAGUGUUCCCCGGAACCCCAGGACAUAAAGUUGUCCCAAAACCCCAGGGUUCAGUCAGGGUCCCACCAAACUUCACCAUGAGCUUCCUGUCACACUGAACCAGGGCUGUGCCAGGGCAGGGUGAGCAGGCCCAGUGAGGGGUGGGAAGGAG